UCUCCACCUCGAACAGUCCCACUCCCCGGCAUAUCGACCGUGAAUAUGGGAUCUGGCAAGAAAGAAGGCGCCCGCCGGGAACGGCAGGGCAAGACUGGAGAUGGCAUGGGCAAUGUUCACACCAAGGGCGAGAACUUCUACCGCAGCGCCAAAAAAGUGAAGACCCUCAAUAUGUUCAAGGAGGGAAAGCCGAUCCGCAACGCCAAAGGAGACAUCACACAGGCCGCUUCAUUCCAGAGCAGAGACAAGCCAACCGCCCGAAUCGAGCCCAAUAGGAAGUGGUUCACCAACACCCGAGUCAUUUCUCAAGAAGCACUCAACACCUUCCGCGGCGCAGUCGAGGCACAGAGCAAGGAUCCAUACAGCUACCUGCUCAAGCAGAACAAGCUGCCCAUGAGCUUGAUCAACGACAACAAGGACAAGGAGCGAAAAGACGGACUCAUACAGCACAAGGCCAAGAUACGAAUUGAAAGUGAGAAGUUCGAAGACACAUUUGGACCCAAGGCACAAAGAAAACGACCGCGGCUUGCUGUUGCGAGCCUUGAGGAUCUUGCUUCCGCCACCACAACAGACUACGGCACAUUCAGAGAGAGGCAAGAAGAAGCUCGUCUACUUUCAGGACUCGGCGAUGAAGGACACGACGCUUUCGAGGCCAAUCCAAGGACCGAUCACGGCGAGCUCUCCACUGCGCGAGAGCCUGUCUUUUCGAAAGGCCAGAGUAAGCGCAUUUGGAAUGAGCUGUACAAGGUUAUCGACAGUUCGGAUGUGGUCAUCCAUGUGCUGGAUGCGCGGGAUCCUCUAGGAACUCGAUGUCGGAGUGUCGAGAAGUACAUCAAGGACGAAGCACCACACAAGCACUUGCUCUUCCUACUCAACAAGUGCGAUCUGGUACCCACCAGCGUUGCGGCAAAAUGGGUCAAGCUCCUAUCACAAGAAUAUCCCACACUCGCGUUCCAUGCCAGUAUGACCAACAGCUUCGGCAAGGGCACACUCAUCUCCCUCCUUCGACAAUUCUCCUCCCUUCACAGCUCCCGCAAACAAAUCUCCGUCGGCUUCAUCGGAUACCCCAAUACCGGCAAAUCAUCCAUUAUCAACACACUACGCGCGAAGAAGGUCUGCACAACGGCUCCGAUUCCAGGCGAGACAAAGGUGUGGCAAUACAUCACGCUCAUGAAGCGCAUCUAUCUCAUCGACUGUCCUGGCAUCGUUCCGCCCUCAAUGACCGACUCGCCCGAGGAUAUCCUUCUGCGAGGUGUCGUACGAGUCGAGAACGUGGAAAACCCAGCGCAGUACAUCCCCGCCGUCUUGUCAAAGUGCAAGCAACACCAUCUCGAGCGAACAUACGAGAUGAAAGGCUGGCGGACAGAAGAGAGUAUCAGAUUUCUCGAGGUCCUUGCACGGAGAGGUGGUAGGUUGCUCAAAGGUGGUGAAGCAGACAUGGACGGUGUUGCCAAGAUGGUCCUGAACGACUUUCUCCGAGGCAAGAUUCCGUGGUUUAGCCCUCCUCCUGCUGGCGAGGGCGAGGCUGAGAAGGAGGAAGGUCGUGAUGAGAAACUUGGUCUCACGCAUAAGAAGCGGAAGCGUGAAGAGUUUGAGGAGAAUCAAGCUGCGGUCGCGAAGACUGCGCCAGAGGAAGAUGAGGAAGAUGAUGAUGACUCUGAGGACAUGUACGAGGAGGAUGAAGAUGAAGCGGGCGAUGACUUCGAGGGCUUCGGAGAAGAGGCUGAUGCCACUGAUGGAGAGAGCACAGGUGGCGUUAGGAUAGAUGCUGGAGACAGCGAUGAGGAGGCUCCUUCGUGA